AUGAAUGCCAGUAUUGUGAAAUCUAUAGAAUAUGACGGUAAACAGAAACGUUACUUUAGUAAGUCCAUGUUUUACCGCUCCAUUACAAAUGGCGAGAAAAUCAGAAGUUGGCUGUGUUAUUCUCCAAACACAGAUAAGGCAUUCUGUUUUAACUGCAAACUGUUUACAAAUUCAAGUAAAGACCAUACUUUUUCGAAGCAUGGCUUCUCUGACUGGAAAAAUGCAAGUCAAAGAUCAGAAAGUCCUGAAAACAGCCAAGGUCAUCGAGAUGCGACCAGUACCCUCACUACAAGGUCUCGAGGUAUUGGAUAUGUAAACAGCUUGAUUACUCGACAAUCAGAAUGUGAUUACAUGAAAACACUUCUGGAUAGGGUUGUCGCUACAAUUAAAAUUCUUGCUGAGCGGGGACUAGCCUUUAGGGGACACAACGAGUGUAUCGGAUCAUCAAACAAUGGCAGUUUUCUAGGGAAACUAGAAUUGCUAGCGCAAUUCGAUCCUUUUUUGGCAACUCAUAUUGAACAUAAUGGAAAUAAGGGUAAAGGCUCUGUGUCCUACCUUUCAUCCACAGUAUGCGAUGAGCUGAUUGAAAUGCUUGGACAAAAGAUGUUAGAGAAAAUUAUAUUGGAACUCAAAGAAGCCAAACAUUUUUCAGUAUCUGUGGAUUCAACCACUGAUAUUUCACACGUGGAUACUCGUUGGUCUGCUCACGCAAAGUACUACUGCCACCCUAGAUCAGGGAUACGAGAAAGUAAAAUCAGCAUUGGAAAGCAUUGCUGA